CCGUGGAGGGUGCCAAAGCUAGCUCUCAUCCACAAUCUUGAGAAUUGUAACUGCCGGAUCCAGCGUGUACGAGCAUUCUAUGGCCCAUGUCAUCCUUUCGGAUCGUGAAAUUCAUUGCCUACAGCUAUGCGCAAUGGUCCGACGCUCGAUGUGCCAUCUUGCUAGUCGUGCGUAACAUUGCUCUGUACGAUCAGGCUAGAGUUGUUGCAGCGAUGUUCGUCACUACGGUACCACUCCCGCUAUCGCACUCAUGUAGCAAGUAAACGGGAUUGCGCAACAUCGUGUUACAUUGUCUGUGAUGUUUGUAAAGUACAGUUGCGAGCCGCGACGAGGUGUCGCUGACACCUCGAUGUGGAAAAUGGGGCGAUUGGCGCGUGUAACUGUCUUUGUCAGCCGGACUCCCAGCCUUACGCUGAACCAGGCCGGAGCUUUCGCGCAAAG